AUGUUUAAUGAAUUGGGAAAUCAAAAUAUUUAUAUUAACAUAAAUAACAACAACAAUAAAAUUACAAAUGCUAACAGCAGCAACAGCAGCAGUAAUACUAAUGGCAAUAAUGAAUAUGGUCACUAUGAUGAUUAUAUAAAGACAAUGAUAAAGUCAAUCAAGGAACUGGGACUUUAUGAUUCAUUUAAAUAUGCAUUUCUAGACAAUUCAAGAAAAUUUUUUCAUGAGAAAAGUCAAUCAUAUCAACCAUUAAUUGAAAAUCGUAAUAUAGGCACUUAUUUGAAAUUGAUCAAACAACAGAUUGAAUUUGAGAUUGAUAAAGUGACUUAUUUUUUUGGUGAAGAAUUGUAUAUCAAAGAAUCUUCAGUUAAGAUCAUGAUUAAUGAAUAUUACCUCAGGCAUAUGGAUAUUAUAAUUAAGAAAGUGAAUUUGGUUUUAUUAUAUGAUAUUUGCAAGACUAUUGAUUUAAUUAAAUUUUUGGAUAUUUUCUUUAAAAAAUACAUCAAUAAUAUUUAUAAUUCACAUAUUAUCUUUUCACCACAAAAAUCAUUAAAAAUCAACAAAGAAAAUUUGCAAACAUUAAGUCAAUUAAAUAGGAAAUUUAAAAACAUUCAAUCAAAUGAAAAAUAUUCAAAUAUUAUAAAUAUGUGGAAUAAAAAUUUCAUAUCAUUUGUCAAUGAAAAAAAAGAUAAUAUCACUAAUUUUUAUAAACCUUAUUUUAUGAAACAUUAUAAGAAAAAAUUUGCUAAAAGACUACUUUAUCAUCAUGAUGACAAAAACUUUAAUCUUUCAAAUGAAGAGUGGAUUUUGUCAUUAUUUAACAGGGCAAAGAUAAUAGAUAAUUUAUAUGGGAUGAUUAAAGACAUCCAUGAAUCAAUUGGAAUAAAAAAAGAUUUUGAUAUUUUUAAUCAUCUCAAAGUAACAAUAUUAACAGGGUCCUAUUGGCCAAAAUUUAUCACUGGACCAUCGCCUGAAGUUGCUGAUCUAAAAAUACCAUAUGAAUUGUUCUUGAUGAGAAAAUCAUUUCAAAAUUAUUUUUAUUGUAAGAGAAGAGAUGGCGCUAAUAGAAAUCUUAAAUGGUUACAUUCCUAUGAUAAUCUAAUUAUUUCUUUAAUUCAUCCAAAGGGAAAAAUGUACUUUAGUAUAAAUAUGUGCAUGUUUAUAAUAUUGGAAAUGUUCAACUAUACAAGAUCAUAUCAAAUAUCAUACACUAUUCGUGAAAUUAUGAAAAAUACCGAAUUAGUAUUAAAAAGUGCCUUAAGUUCGUUGAUAUUUGGCGAAAUUAAAUUGUUGAAUAAAUUUGUGAAUUCAAAGAGAUUAAAUUUAUCUGAUGCUAUUUUUAUUAAUGAAAACUUAAACUUCAUUGAAUCAACUGUUGACAAUCCAAUAAUAAUUGAUGAACGAAAAUCACAAAGACAGAUAUCAACAUCAGAGGAUGUUCAAAUCUCUUCUUAUAAUAUAUCCAAUGAAAUAAGGAUAGAUUCAAGGAUAAUGAAAUUAAUGAAAUUACAUAAACGUUACCAACAUAAUAGUUUGAUUAGUUUUAUACAAAAAGAUUUUAAAAAUAAUUUUCAUCAGCAAGUUCAGGUUAAAUCCUUAAUAAAACGACAAUUUUUAAGAAAUGAAGGCAAAAAUGUUGUUUAUGUUCCUUAA